AUGGCCGUUAAUGUCCAAGAAUUUGCUCAGACGCAGUUGAAACUGCUGGCUGCGGAGCUCGCAUCUGAGAUUGCCGAGUCGUCUGCUCUUGUGUCUUUGCACACCCCCCCAGCCCUCCAACGCGCCGGCUUAGCCCUAACAAACCUCACCCUCUCCUCCCAACGCACCGGUCUCGGCGGCAAAACAGUCCUCGAACUCGGCCCUGAUCCAGCAACCACCACUAGUAAUACUGCUACUACCACGGGUGGCGGAAGUGGGAGCAGUGGGAGCAGUAAUGGCCCCGACCUCCCGGAACAUGGCAUCCGCACGGGAGAUAUCGUGCUCGUUUCCGAACAGCCGGCGGCGGGGGGGAUUAAGAAACGAGAGGCGAAGGGGUUGGAGGGGAGGGGGGUGAAGGGGGUUGUUACGAGGGUGGGGAGGGGGGUUGUUUGCGUUGCUGUUGAUGAGGGGGGUCCGUCGGGCUCGAAUAGUUCUGGGAGUAAAGAUGGGAAAGGGGAUGGUGGUGGGGGAGAAGGGUGGACGGGGUUUGGGGAGAAGAGGGUUUGGAUGGUGAAGGUGGCUGAUGAUGUUACUUUUCGGAGGAUGAACGCGACCAUGGAGCGGCUGGCUAAGAUGGAGGAGAGGGAGUACUCCUCCUUCAUCAGAGUCCUGUUCGGGCUCAGUUCACCAUCGCCUGUGCCGGAAGACCUCACAAAGGAUGAGGAAGUCGGAAACAUCGAGUGGGUGGAUCCGACGCUGAACGACAGCCAGAAGGACGCCAUCCGGUUUGCGCUGGCGUCGAGGGAAAUUGGGCUGAUCCAUGGUCCGCCGGGUACAGGCAAAACCCACACCCUAAUCGAACUGAUCCUCCAACUUCUCCAACGCAACCUCCGCAUCCUCGUCUGCGGCCCCUCCAACAUCUCCGUCGACAAUAUCGUCGAGCGCCUCGCACCCCACAAAAUCCCCCUCGUCCGCCUCGGCCACCCAGCCCGCCUGCUCCCUUCCGUGCUCAACCACUCCCUCGACGUGCUCACCCGCACCUCCGAGGCCGGAGCCAUCGUGCAGGAUGUCCGCGCCGAGAUGGACGCGAAACAGGCGACCAUCCGUAAGACGCGGAAUGCCCGCGAGCGACGGGCUAUUUAUGCUGACUUGAAAGAGCUGAGGAAGGAGUACCGUGAGCGGGAGAGACGGUGUGUGAGUGGGUUGGUGGGUAGGAGUAAGGUGGUGCUGGCUACGCUGCAUGGUGCGGGCGGGUUUCAGCUACGGGGGGAGCAGUUUGAUGUGGUUAUCAUUGAUGAGGCGAGUCAGGCGUUGGAGGCGCAGUGUUGGGUUCCGUUGCUGGCUGCGAGCAAGGCUAUCUGUGCUGGGGAUCAUCUGCAGCUGCCGCCGACUAUCAAGUCGUUGAACUCUAGGGCUAGCAAAAGCUCGACUGCUGCUAACAAGAAAGGCAAGGACACAACUUCCACUACAACACCCAUUUCCACUUCCACUUCCACUUCCACUACCACAACACCCGCCAGCACCACGACCACAGCUAAAAACACCACCCCCACCCUCGAAACAACCCUCUUCGACCGCCUCCUCACCCUCCACGGCCCCUCCAUCAAACGCAUGCUCACCACCCAAUACCGCAUGCACGAAGCCAUCAUGCGCUUCCCCUCCGACGCCCUCUACGACAGCCGCCUCAUCGCCGCAGAAUCCGUCCGCACCCGCCUUCUCAAGGACCUCCCCUACGACGUGGAGGACACCGACGAUACGCGGGAGCCGCUCGUCUUUAUCGACACGCAGGGGGGGGAUUUCCCUGAGAAGAACGAGGAUGAUCAGCCGGGCCAGCAACAGGAUGGGGGGAAGACGAAAAAGGUGAGUAAGAGUAGUUUGUAUGGGGAUAGCAAGAGUAAUGAGAUGGAGGCUGCGUUGGUGAGGCAGCAUGUGGGGAGUUUGGUGGAGGCCGGGGUGAGGCCGGAGGAUAUUGCGGUUGUGACGCCGUAUAAUGCUCAGCUCGCCGUCUUGGCUCCGUUGAAGGAGACCUUCCCCGGUAUUGAACUCGGCAGCGUGGACGGCUUCCAGGGCCGGGAGAAGGAGGCUGUGGUCGUCAGCCUUGUUCGGAGCAAUCCGGAGGGUGAAGUCGGCUUUUUGGGCGAGAAACGCCGGUUGAAUGUGGCCAUGACACGGCCCAAGCGGUCGUUAACCGUGAUUGGGGAUUCCGAGACGGUUAAGAAAGGCAGCAAAUUCCUCAAAGAUUGGAUGGACUUUCUCGAGGAGAAUGCCGAUCUCCGAUACCCAGAUCUAGCAUCGCUCACCCAGGGCGCAUGA